CCUUUCCAUAAGCUGGUAUAAGUAGGAUGAGCUAAGGACAGGAGCUGAAGCGUCUCUGUGAAGACUUUGCAAAGACUCCUCCUCUCAGUUUUAUAACAUUGCGACAAUAUGUGGGAUGGAAAUGGGUAAAGUCCCUCUAUUUACAGGCCCAGGAGGAAACUGUGAUCUGUCGGCUGCUCUGAAAAUACAGUAGGAGUGUUGGAGGAAGUCAGAAGUCAUCCAACAAGAAGUCCAGAGCUGUGACAUACGUGGAUACAUCUACAUUUACAGCUGAUUGAUUACACUUUAUGAUGUAGCCAAAGGACACAGCACUGUCUCACCUGUUCUGCUGUUGAAAGAUGGCCACUGCAGCGAAGGACCCACACCUGGGCUCAGGCCCUGAUGAGGACGACAUGUCUCUGUCAGAGGACGAGUCCGAUUCAGACAGCAUCCUCUCUGAUGACUCGGUACUUCCAGACUACACGCCGGAGAUAACAGACGGGCAUGCGGCAUUAACACUGUAUCGAGCAUGUGCCCGUAAUGAAUCCGUCUCUCUGCGGAAAGUUCUGGAGAGAGGGGUUACAAAAGAGGAGGUCACAGAGCUGGACAUCAAUGGCUGGAAUGGCUUGAUGGUGGCUUGCUGCAAAGGUUUCGUGGACAUUGUAUAUGGGCUUCACACCUGUCCCUUUAUAGACAUAAAUCACCAGGACAAUGAAGGCAACACUGCUCUGAUGAUUGCAUCCCAAGCAGGUCAUGUCAACACAGUCAUGUAUCUCCUAAACUAUUAUCCUGGUAUAGACACUGAAAUAAAGGAUUGUCGAGGUUUCACAGCCCUCAUCAAAGCUGCUAUGACCGGCCGCAAUGAUGUCGUGGCUGCCCUUGUUAUGGCUGGGGCUGACAUACAUGCCGUAGACUCCACAAAAGGAAAAUGUGCUCGGGACUGGGCGCUGAAAACAGGUCGCUAUGAGACCCUUUGUCAUCUCCGCCGCCUUAAUAAGCGGCCAAGAGCUGAACAGUUCUGUGAGAGUUAUAUCCCUGAGUGGCCUGAGCUCAAGAAGAGGGUAGCCAAGGCCACAGCUGGGAAAAGUGCCACAGAAAAAAUCACCCAGCGGAUCAAAAACACAUUCGGAUUCAGAUUUCCUCAUGACCCCGAGGACAACGGGGCCUUGGACCACAUGGUGCGCAUGACCACCAGUGUCCACAGUCCCCUCAUUUCAACUGGAUGCCGUCCACUCUGCCCUACAAGCCCUCCUGAAGUGGGGAAGAGGCGCAUGGCUGUGCCAGAGCUGAUGAAGAAACACACAGAUAAGGAAUUAGAAGAGAGCUCAGUGUGUCACAGCAACGGCUCAGUAUCAAACAUCAAUCACACAGUUCACUCUGCAGAGUCAAUCCCUUCAACGUGCUGUGCUGAGACUGGGCGGCGAGGCAGCAGCCUCUCAUUGGCUUCCACUAAAGUUGCUUCUACAUUCAUUCCACGCAGUAUGGCGAGAAGGAACAGCAUAUUCCCCUCUGGCUGCAUCCCCAAGAUCGACAUCAGCAGGCCUUCAGAUGCAACGCCAAAGAAAGAAAAGAAGAAGAAGAAGAAGGACAAGGGCUUCCUGGAACCACCCAAGUGGAGGUACAAGGAGAUCAAGGAGGAGAAAAAGAAGGAGAAAAAGAAAGCUGAGAAAGAAAAAGAGAAAAAGGAGAAAAGUAAAGAAAAAGACAAGAAGGCCAAACACUAAGAGUUUGAAAAUAAAGGGGAGUUCUGCUGUACGAAUCAUCCCUUUUUAAAACAAACUGCUUUUUGUGUACAACUCAGGGCUUGAAACUUCCAAACCAAAUAUCUUGGAAAUAUUCAACAAAUAUAGAACCUAAGCCAUAAAGGGGAAAUAGGUAAGAGAGGAGAUUUCUUUUCUUCCUAAAAUUGAAUGACAGAGGACCUCAAACGAGCAGUGCAGAGCCUCUUUGGGAGGAGUUUGAAGCUUUUAGCCUCUAAUUUGUGUUGAGAUAAGUAUAUUUUGAGUUAGGAUAGAAACUAAGUUUAUUUUUCCAUAAAUAUAUACAAAAUGUAUAGAAUCCAAUUUUUGUAUUUUUUUUUAUGAUUAUGAUACAAUGCAUAAAAAAUAUAUUUACUGAUUCAGUUUCAUAGUGCUAAAUCAUUUCUGGGAUCUACCUCAUCAUUCACAUAAAGACACAAACUGUAUACCUGCAUAUCUGUUUAUUAUGCAAGCUGUAAAUAUAGAAACACAUAGCUACGUCAUAGCUCAUUUGUGUUAAAUAAUAUUGUUUUAUGUUUUGUGUUUUUUUCUAAAUAGCUAGCCAAAAACCAAUUGUAAAUACCAUACAGUAUGGCAAACAUGCAUCACAAUGUGUUUAUUAAAGGUAAUUCUAGUUUUUAUUGCCAUUUUCUGCAUAACAUAUUCAUAUAUGUCCUGCUUUUAUGUAAUGAGAAAUUACAAAUAAAUAUAGGACAGUGAAGGUUUAAAUUCAAUCAAUUUAUUUAUUCAUUGGUGUUGCACUAGUCAAUAUUUUUAUAUUAACAAUGGAUCAAAUGUAAUGUGUAAUGUGAAAGGUGUUGCUCGUGAUGAACCCACAAGGAGUUACCACCAAACUCAGCACAUAUAACAUUUAACAGCUAAAGAGCCAGAUAUAUUUCUCAGGGGUUUGUGGAGAACAAACCAGAGCUUAAAGAAAAGUGAAUAUUGGAUUUUUCCCAUGAAUGCUAAUAAACUUUAUAUGGUGAAAAUA